AACGCGCGUAUUCAUCGUCGAAUAGUGCCGCGCCUGUGCGCCCACGUUGAACGCUUACAUUUCUUUCUCUCAACGACAGAGGUGAAAGGACGGAAAACGAGUAUUCUAAGGGGUGAAAUUUUACGAGAUGUUGUCGCCAUGUGACCUUGCCUCGAAGGUGAAUUAUUAGGAAGAAUAACGGUUUUUAUCAUCAAGUUCAAAAUCGAAACGAGGCUGAAUAAACAGAAAUGACGGUUCGUUUUCCGGAAGUGAUUAGAAGUGGAUCGGAGGUGGAAGGUGAAUUGACGGGACCAGCAAAUCCAAUAAGUCAAUCGAUCGAUUGCGGCUGCGGUCAGCUACGAUGCCCGAAAUUGGCGAAAUUUGCAACGCGAAAACUUUACGUAGGAUUGAUUUGUUGGAUCGGUGUAGUGCAAGCUGCAUCGUACGCUUAUUUUCACGUGACAGGAUCCACGAUAGCUAGAAGAUUUCAAAUCGAUCUUGAUGUAAUGGAUUGGAUUCUUGUUGUGGCAGAAUUGACACCUAUUGUAUUAGGAUUAGUGGUAGCAUAUUGGGGUGACAGAAUACAUAGGACUUCAUGGAUAGGAGCGUUAACCCUUUUACAAAGCGUCUCAUAUUUCAUCUUGAUAAUACCUCAUUUAACACAUAGCGUUCGUGUCAUCGAAGAAACGCAAAACGUCACUCAAAUGUCAUUAUACGCUGAUGAUAGUCCAGAUUUAUGCUCUCGCGGAGCAUUGUCAAGGAUUAUUACAGAGGACAACGAGACCUGCUACUCUACUAUUGUCAUUAUAAGUCUAGUACUGAUCAUAAGCGGGAUAGCAAAUAUUGCAUACUAUGCGCUAGGAAUUUCUUAUUUAGACGAUAAUACAAGAAAGAAAAAUGUGACCUCGUACAUCAGUGUAAUAAUCGCUCUGAAGAUCAUUGGAGUUCUUCUCGGCUACUUCGUGGGUUGGGGAUGCCUUCGGAUAGACGCGGAAAAUUUCUCCGUUAUAACAUCCUAUCAGGAUCAAAUGGGAGCGUGGUGGCUUGGAUUUCCAAUUUUCUCUAUAUUAUUAGUGAUUCCUGGCUUACUGCUUUCGUGGUUCCCCAGAAGAUUACCUUCAGAGGUUGUCGAACAAGCUGCAGCCUCGCUUCUCAAUGGGACUGCAACAAGUAACCGAUCUCCCCACCGAACGACCAAUCAAAAGGUCGGCAGUCCCGCUUUUUUGCCGUCAUUGUGCAGAUUGAUCACUAACAAGAUUCUUAUGUGCAACAUUCUGGCUACGGUGUUCUGUGCGAUGGCUCUUUUAAAUUUUAUAGCGCAUGAGGAUAUCUUUUUGGAGUCCAGAUUUCAAGCACCCAGACCGACAGGAAUGCUCCGUGGUUUUAGCGAUCCUUUGUAUUCCAGACUAGCUAUUAAUAUCAUGAGACCCGUUGUGAUUGGACUGAUCGUAAUCAUCAGUGGUCUAGUAUUAUCCAAGGCAAAGCCACGCUCUAGAUAUAUUAUUGCUUACAGUUUUGUUAUCGUGCUUUUGACAUUAGCGAUUAUCAUCGCACUAAUCUUUGCCACUUGCGACAAACCACCUAUCGUUGGUAUAGACAAAGAUCUUGGCCCAAUGUUGAAAUAUUGCAACAGAGAUUGUCGUUGCUCUAAGGAUGCCGAUUUCCGACCGAUUUGCGACACCUCGGGAAAGUUCACGUAUUACAGUCCUUGCUACGCUGGCUGCUCCACAAUCAUUUACGUCGACGACGUGAAGAUCUAUAGCGAUUGCACCUGUGUGGUGUUUAUGACAGGGUGGGGUAAUGACCAAGCGAAAGAUGGCCCGUGCGAUUCGAUUAGAUGCCAAGCCGGCUGGAUGCUUUUUGAGUUUGGAACUUUAGUGGCCUACUCUCUAAUCGCUUCCACUUUCGUAGGAGAUUUAUUGAUCAAUAUAAGAUCCGUCUUCAAGCAAGACAAAGCUAUCAGCAUAGGUUUCUGGAUGACAUGGAUGGGAAUAUUUGUUCAUAUUUUUGGCAAACUUCUUUAUGAAUUCGUCUCGCGUCAGGCAUGUCAAUAUUGGGGCAGUCAAAAGACAAUUUGUCAUUUACACGAUUCUGAAAAACUUGGAAGUUACCUGUGUUAUCUAACGAUAACAUUCUUAUCACUUUCUCUUUUGUUAAAAAUUAUUCUUUGGUUUUUCUGUAAAGAUUUACAGUUGUAUGAAGAAAUUGAAACUAAAGACGAAGAAAUUGCUGAGUUGCGAGAAUUGGUCGAACCAGCAACAGCCGAGCAACCUGAAACAUCAAAUAAUAAUGAUGGUGAAAUGAGACAAUUAGAGGCACUUGUCGAAGAACCAAGGACAGUACCGGAGAGAGCAACUCUGGAAGAAAUUUCACCGACAGAAAAGGAAGCUACUCAAAAGAGCGCUUCUCCUAAGGUUUAUCCCAAAGUAAACGCAGAACGUAAAGCCAUUAUCCUUAACGGCAUGAUGGUCCCACACAAGUAUCAGUCGGAUUCAAACCCUCCAACAAAUCGUAAUUUGCAAUCGACGAUUCGAAAUCUCGAUUCCGAGGACGAGCUAGACAGUUCGAGUGACGAAAGUAAGAAACAGUCUAAUGUACAAGUCGCUUACACGCCGUUAGAACUCGACUCUGAUGUCGAGAGCGAUCUCAGCAGCGUCGGUCCUAGAUCAAGAAGACGUGUUCCCAGCAAGGAUUACGAUCAGGCUCGCGACGAGAACGAUCGUCCCUCCUUGAAGAACACGUCUUUAAAACGUCGAUUUCCCAAUCCCGAUCACUACGAGGACUCGCAAAAAAGACGAAAUUCCAAAUUUAAGAAUCCGAUUGAUUAUCAGGACAAUUCCUCGAAGACAAGCAGCUCCGAGUUUGCAAAGGAGAGUCAAGAGAGCAACGUGCCCAAACAAGGUGACUUCAACGAAGUUGGCAUACCGAUAGUGGAUCCGUUUCUGUACCAGAAAGGCAAGUCGGACGAUACUGCGCACUCAAAGGACGUGAAAUCAUUGAUUGAUCGAUACGAGCAGAACACGAGUCAGGAAACUCUAGACGAAGAUCGAUUAUCAGUGAAGUCAGCAGAGGAUACGAGAAGUCGACCAGAGAGCAAAAUAGGUAUACCUCUAGUAGCUAUGGUUCCCGGUAGGUCAUCCUCUCGAGGACAAUCCUCUUCAGGCUUUGGCAGUUCGCCAGAUGUACAGGACAAGGAUUCUGAACCACGUUCGGAGAGACUUGGGACUCCCAGUCCGAAAAAUGUCGCUAAAGACAGCAAAGCAGCGCAUCAAACCGAUCUUUAAAAAUUACUCUUACGUGAUAGAUGACGCAUGAAAAUGAUGCGUAUUUGAGGAUAUUUAUGGUGUAACCCAAUAGAAUAGAAGCACUAUCACGAUAAAUUUAUGUUUGCGAGCGAUAAGAGGCUUUGACUGCCAAAGUACACAACGCUACACAAUACUAUCUCUGACACCUGUCACGUUUGAGAUAUAAAACCUCCAAUUUAAUUUCAUGUUUUAACAGACAAACAGUAAAAUUUUACGCACAUCUUCUUUAUAAAUCGUAACAUCAGGUAGCUCUAAUGAUCAUGCAGAAUUGAUACGUUGCGAUAGAUAAAAAUACUUUUAUCUGCGAGUAAUCGAAACAUUUCUAAUAAAGGAUAGCCGGUUAAUAAAACGUAUGCUAUAUUUCGUGUGGCAUACUUUCAUAUUCGUAUAGUUAUCCUUUGAAAAACGUAACAUGUAUAACGACGUUCAUUAUAAUCUUUUUGAUAUUUAUUAUGGAAUUAAAAUCUAUAUUAUAA